AUGUUCAGGUUGCUGUUCAAGGUUCGUUUUCAUUUCCAGUGCAUCAACGUUCGUUGCUAUUGUACACCUGAGGUCAAUCGCAAGCUGACGCUUCGUUGGAGCAGAAGAAUGAGCGAGAACCUGGCCGAACUCUCGAAACUGUACGUUUUUCACGAUAAAGCGGAGAAUGUUUUGAGACUGUUGUUCAAGUACCCGGUGAACGGUAAACAACAAUGCUUGUUGUUCAUGCGCCCAACGGAUGCCUUGCUGAUGGAAACGCUAGAGAGAGUGAAACUGAAGAUCAACUGUGCCGAGAUGAAGUGGUUGGCUAAAACGUCUCGGGUGAACGACGAGCAACUGAACAAUAGUUUAUUGGCUCUGGACGACGUGAUGGUCAACAACGCUGCCGGGAUGCCGUUGGACUUAGGGCUGACCAACGAAGCAGCAUUUGUCAUCAGUGGUAGAUCUCUAUGGAUCAGGAAUCAGCGGUACGAUAUCGUCGUGGACGUGCCGCACGUCCAGAAGUUACGAUUGUCGUCGAGACUGUUCGUUGGUCUGCCGCUGUUUCCUUCGCUGAGUGUUGCGAACACCACCUUCGACCGUUGCAAGUUUCUGUGGUUCGUCAGAGAUGCGUCGUCGGAGCCGCUGAAGGCCCUUAAACAUUUGCAUGUAACGAUCGACCACGAAACUUUGCGUUGCGACAUUCCGCGCUUUACACUAAGAUGUGAAGAGCCAGUGUUCGUGCCUUCAGCAGAAGACAUCGGCAAACGUGUAUGUAUCGUUUGCCUACCGAUGAACGAAAAUGGUUCCGUCGGCCUUGCUUGUGCUCAAUUGGCGACGGACGUCGUUGAGUCAGGUCCACGGACGCUUAUCUUCGACGAGAGACUCAAAUUGUGUUCAUCGCCUUGUAAGGAUGACUCGUAUGCUCUUUAUGGCAAAGACAACGAUCAUAUGAUCACCUCGUGCUCUUCUAGAUAUCGUUUCGUCUCCUACAACAUCCUCGCUGACUUAUAUCUCGAUCUCAAGACCGACAGUGAUAGCCUGUUUUUCAAAUAUUGUCCGGUCGAGUUCCAACAUUUUUCUUACCGCAUGCCUUUGCUGCUAAAGGAACUGCCGGGUUACAAUGCCGACAUAUACUGUCUACAGGAGGUUGGUCAGGGGACCUAUUUUGAUGUGCUCGAGCCGUACCUGCGUCUAUUCGGCUUGAAGGGGACGUUCGUAAAAAAAGGGGCUGAUAUUGGCGAAGGUCUAGUGACGUUCUACAAUGAGCAAAAGUUUAGUUUUCUUUAUUCCGACAACAUCGUGCUCGCUGACUUGUUGAUCGGGGAACAUCCGGAGUACAGUGCUGUUCUGACGCCGCUGCUUAGCAAAAAGGAUGACGUUGAAGUGAUGAAGUUGAGGCCUCAGGUUUUACAGAUGUCAUUUUUUAAACUAUGCAAUUCAGAGAAACAGUUCUUUUGCAUUGUUAACGUCCAUCUUCAUUCGAAAGCGCAACAUCCUCACGUACGCAUUUGGCAGACGGCUUUGUCUUUGGUGCACAUGAACAGGGGAUUAGAAUGCUUUAAACGCAAGUAUCCUGAAGGCAAUGUCGCGCUGAUUUUCGCAGGAGACAUGAACAGUCCUUUGGACUCGGCUGUCCAUCGGCUGAUAAAAAAUGGCGCAAUCUCAUCCGACGAUAUUGACUGGGGCACCACUUCAUCUGGAUGUGAUCUUCGGGUUCCGAUGUGUCUGCAUUGCAUUUCUGAUACAGGGUCAUUCACGAACAUAACCGAGAACUUUAGUGCAUGCCUUGACUACAUUUAUGCUAACGAAAAUGUCCAAGUCGAUCGCACCCUGCCAUCGCCUUCUCUAGAACUGGCGACGCGAUACGUCGGCCUACCUUCUCAGAUAGCGCCGUCUGAUCAUUUGCCACUGAUCUGUGAAAUUUCAAUUAAAAGAAGCUCUUAA